UCGAAGAAUCCAGUAAAUAGAAGCCUGGAGCACGAGCCGAGUGUCGGCGCUGACGUCACGGCCCUACAUUGAGAGCUCGAGCUGAAUUGUAAGCGCGAGCUUCAGACGGAGGCGCGCUGAGGAAAAGGACGCAGCUCUGAAAACACUACGCCAUUUUUAUUCUAAUCUCGGGUUAUUUUCUUUCUUUACGGUGACGUAAACAAACCGACGGACAUUUUGGAGACUUUUCGCUUCGGGGUUACAACAUGUCCUCCGCGGCGGUCGCUGCCUCCAGAAGGCAGUCCUGCUAUCUGUGCGACCUGCCCCGCAUGCCGUGGGCGAUGAUCUGGGAUUUUACCGAGGCCGUGUGCCGUGGAUGUGUGAACUACGAGGGGGCCGACCGGAUUGAGUUCGUUAUCGAGACCGCCCGGUCUCUAAAGAGAGCACACGGCUUUCAGGACGGCCGCUCUCCGGGCCCGGGGAAGCCCCAACACGCCGGGAAGGAGAUGAACCACUCGGCCGGAGAGCCGGGCUCCCGUCCCCCGCAGCCUCUGGACCGGUACCCGCUGUCCGACCGGCCGCCCCGGCUGGGACCGGAGUACCAGGGGGGGAGGCAGGCGAACGGCCUCCCCAUGCCCAACGGAUUUUCAAAACCGGACGAACCUCCAGAGCUGAACCGCCAGAGCCCGAACCCCCGCAGGACUAGCACGGUUCCUCCCAGCCUGGUGCCUCUGGUGAACGGGGGCAUGCACGCGCUCAGCGGCCGCCCGGUUCCGAUGGGUCUGCCCGGGGUUCUGGCUCUGCGGCCGGAGGACGUGAAAGACAAACACAGGCCGGACAGCCUGUCGGAGCUGUCGGACAGCCACAAGGAGUGGAUGGGGAAAGGUAAAACAGUGCGCGACCUGAUGGCGCUGCACACCUUCGACUCCAGGUUCAAGAAGGAGCACGCGGCCAUGCAGCGCGUGAUGGGAUACGACACGAGCGCCACUUCCUCAAAGACAGACCGGGGGAAGCACCCACGCAGCAUGAAGAGGAAGGCCUCCCCAGAGCCGGACGGGGAGGGCAGCGCCCCCAAGAUGAACGGCGGCGAGGGCCAGCCAUGGCUCCCGUCCCCCUCCGAGGUCCUGAAGAUGCCCCCUGCGUCCCUCCCCGGUUUCUCCACAGCUCCCCCCUCCACCAUCUCCCCCCACUCCCGCACCACGCCCCCCGAGGCCGCCACAGCACAGAACGGCCAGUCCCCCAUGGCGGCGCUCAUCCUCGCCACUGACAAUGCGGGCAGCACAGGCUCACCUAAGGACGCCGGGCAGGUGCACUCCACCACGGCGGGGGCGCGGAGGAACAGCGGCAGCCCCCUGUCGCCGUCCUCCGCCUCUCAAAGGAGGCUCGCGGGGAGGGAGGGGCCCGUGAGCGCCAACCCCUCCGCUCUCCACGCGCCCGUCAGCAUGGACCCGCACGCCGCGCCGCAGAGCAUUCCAGACUCUUCCGUGGCGCCGGGCAGCGUGCCGCUGUGCUGCACCCUGUGCCACGAGCGGCUGGAGGACACUCACUUCGUCCAGUGCCCGUCGGUGCCGUCGCACAAGUUCUGCUUCCCGUGCUCCCGGGAGAGCAUCAAGCAGCAGGGCGCCACCGGCGAGGUGUACUGCCCCAGCGGGGAGCGGUGCCCGCUGGUCGGCUCCAACGUGCCCUGGGCCUUCAUGCAGGGGGAAAUAGCCACCAUCUUGGCCGGGGACAUAAAGGUCAAAAAGGAGAGGGACCCGUAAAAAUGUUGACCAGCUGUCUUUUUCUGGGACGUUUUUUUUUUUUCCUUUUUUGUAAUCCGACUACGGCAACAACAUUAGGACAAAACUCAAAACACACAGACAUGAACCAUCCAGGAGGCCGCAGCAGAGAAACCCAGCGGCGGACAUGUACAUAUUGGACACAAGGGAAGGUUACGCUUCGUAAAAACAUGGCUGUAUAAUUUUUUUUGAUUUUUCUUUUUCAAUACAUUUAUGUUUCUAUAAUUUUAAAAGAUAAAGGUAUGUACUCGUCAUAACUGCCCAUCACACCUCUGUUUUUUCUUUACGUCUCUCGGGCGUCCUGUAGGUUUUUGGAGACGCUCCCUGCGUCCAAACAUAGAAUGUGACUAAUCUGAGCACUUGGCGAAAAAAAAACACACACAAAAAAAAGGAAUAAAAACAAAAAGAAAAAUGCUUCUAGCUGUACAUGUAUGCACUUGUUUAAAGAAAAAUCUUGCCAAAUACAGUUUCAGACGUUGUAAUAAUA